UGGGGGUUAUAGCCAUGGUGAGAGGGAUGGGGAUCAGGAACAGCUUACCAUGUAGCAGGCAGAGUUACAGUGUGAAGCUUAGGCCCCUGGGACCGAAACAAACAAACAAACAAACCAAAAGGGAAGCGGAUCCUUUUUUUACAAGGGAAAAGGAAACACGUGAUCACAGCCCUGAGUGGAGACGAUGGAAAAUUGUGAAAUGCCAAAGAAAACAACGCUGUUGGUAGCCAGCUUAUUCCUGCUGCUUCCUCUACCUGUGCUUGCUCAGAGCCCUGGCGUCAUUCGUGUCAGCCCAGAAAAAGGAGGCGAUUAUUGCUUCCUCUUCCCUUCCCAGUGGACGAAGUCACAUCACAAGGGUAACAAAAAUCCAUGGUUUGUCCUUCAGCCGUUAACGGAGAAUCUUACUUACUCCGCCAUGUGUUGCCUACCUUCAUUCUUUGGGGAGGAAGAUCAUGACGAGGGCGGACUCAGCAGCCGAAUAGCAUCUGUAAGGGAGGGCAACUGCAAUUUCUUUGAGGGUGCCAGACUCCAUCUAAUAAACAGAACCCAUGGUCUGUUGACCCUUGGUGGAGAUGCGCCAUAUCCCAUGAGAAGCUGGAGAUCUGGACACAGCUGGGGUCACUGUGAGGAGAUUACUAUCCCAGGGGCACUGCUCAAUGACGUGGACAUUCUCUACUUGCUGCUGAAACACCUGAUUAGGGACCUGCUAUACAAAACUGGAAUCAUCUACCUGAUGUCAAUGGGGAUAGUCACAAUAGGAAGCUACUGGGCAGGAUGCACAGAGAAAAAGAAACAGCAACAUAGCAAAAGCCAAACAGGAGACUUUGGUGAGAUUACAAUUGAUACCAACAUCUAUUUUACAGGUAUUUAUACAUUAUCAGCCACCUUCAUGCUGUUUGCUCUCUGCUGCUUCUAUGAUUUCUUGGCUUAUGCAAUGAUUGGCCUCUUCUGUCUAUAUGCCUCUAUCAGCCUAUAUUAUUGCCUGGCUCCAUUUAUGAAAAAGUUCCCAUUUGGAGACCGCAUCAUCCAUCUUCCCUAUUUCCACAAAGAUCUAGCAGUCAGAACAUUACUUCUGGUAGUGCUGUGUACCUCUGUCAGCGCAAUCUGGGUUAUUUUCAGAAAUGAGGAAGAGUGGGCCUGGGUUUUGCAAGAUCUUCUAGGAAUGUCCAUUGGCAUUUACAUUCUGCGAACUGUUUACAUGCCUACCUUAAAAAACUGUAGCUUGCUUCUGUUGGCUCAUUUGCUUUUUGACACAGUCUGUCUGUUCAUCGCUCCUCUCCUAACCCAAAUAGGAAGAAGCAUCACAGAUGUGACAGCUUUUGGGUCAUCUGGCUCAGAAAAGAUCCCCUUUCUGUUAAAAGUACCAAUGCUGUCCACAACUUCAAUUCUGGAUGGCAGUUCCUUCGCAAGCGUUGGCCUGGGAGAUAUUGUACUUCCUGGUUUCCUGGUAGCCUACUGCCGCAGGUUUGAUGUUCGAGUUGACUCCACAGGGAUCUAUUUUCUAGCGUCUAUUCUGGCUUACAGCUAUGGUCUCCUGGUGAAUUUUGUUGCAGCUACGGUCUUGCAAGCUAGUCAGUCAACCCUCCCGUACCUGGUGCCCUGUAUACUCAUCGCUACUCUGGCUGUUGCUGCUUCACGCAAAGAGAUGAUACUUUUUUGGAAAGGGAUGGGUACUGGAGAGGACUCCUCCAACUACUCUUUGCACAAAGUCAUCAAGCAUCCAAACGGGUCAAUAAAUGCAGAUGGACAAGUCUGCCAACGAGGAAGGGAAAAAGAAAUUGUCAACAUCACAUUCUGCAAGGAAGAUCUUACUGGCAACAGCACAUUUGCCGAGGAGUCACCUGACCUGAAGACCCACCCUGGGGAGAUUACUGACUGCAUUCCAAGUCAUGAAGGGUCAAUCAGUCAACAGGAUGCCUAUAAAAAGGAAGAGGCCUGAGAUGCAUCACUCCAUACAGCCGGGGGUAGGGGAUGGACAGGGAGCGCAGGGCAUUUCAGGGAUGACCAAGUGCAAGUCAAUUAAACCUCAUUGGGGAGAAAAAAAA